AUGAAGCCCAAGCACAGAAAGAUAGCCACAAGACAGAGGACCAGGAGUGCUGUGGCCUACCGCACUAGGUCUACUUCCAUGACUUUGAUGUCUCUGAGUAAGAAGGGCAUGCCCUCUCUCCAGAAGCAAAAAAGGGCCAGGCCUUCCCAGGCCCUCACUAAUAUUAUUGGCUGCAGAAUUUCUCACGAAUGGAAAGAAGGUAAUGAGCCAGUCGCCCAAUGGAAGGGCAUCGUCCUAGACCAACUGCCAACAAAUUCCUCUCUCUAUUUGAUGAAGUACGAUGGGAUUGAUUGUGUCUAUGGCCUGGAGCUCCAAAGCGACAAAAGGAUUUCAAAACUUAAGAUCAUGCCUAAAAAAGUGUCAUUUCCUCAAGUGACAGAUAUCAACCUUGAAAACACCAUAGUUGGCAAAGCAGUGGAGCACAAAUUUGAGGGCAAAAAUGGCUGUAAGGAUGAGUGGAAGGGGAUGGUCCUGGCCCAGGUGCCCAUCAUGAAGACCUGGUAUUACAUAACCUACAAGAAAGAUCCAGUCUUGUACAUUUAUCAGCUCCUGGAUGAUUACAUUGAUGGUAACCUCCACAUCAUAACUGAUUCUCUUACAACAGAGAUGAAGUCAGAAGUAGGCACUGAUGCCUUGACAGGUAACUCUGUGGAGUACACCCAAGGUGAUGGAACCAUAAGGAUGGGCAAGAUCAUUUACCAAGUUCCAGACACACCUUCCAUCCAUUUCAUCAAGUUUGAUGAUGACACCCAUAUAUAUGUCUAUGAUUUGGUGAAAAUGAUCUAUUAA